AUGCCGCUAGUGCCGCAGGACGUAAGAGGAGUGAGUACCCGUGCAAUGUCAGAAGCGCAGCGUGUGAGGGAAGAGGGUGCUGCAGCGCAAACCAGCGUUGCAGAAGCCAAGCCUGUGCAGGUGGAUCUUCUGCUACAGCUGCAGCAAAUGAUGGCAGAGCAAGCGCGCCGCCUAGAACAGCAAGCACGCUGUCAGGCAGAACAGCUGCGGGAGCUGAAAGAAGAUCAAGCGCGCCGCCAAGAAGAGCAAGCGCGCCGCCAAGAAGAGCAAGCGCGCCGCCAAGAAGAGCAAGCACGCUGUCAGGCAGAACAGCUGCGGGAGCUGAAAGAAGAUCAAGCUCGUCGUCAAGAGGAGCAAGCUCGUCGCCAAGAGGAGCAAGCACGCUGUCAGGCAGAACAGCUGCGGGAGCUGAAAGAAGAUCAAGCUCGUCGCCAAGAGGAGCAAGCGCGUCGCUUGGAAGAGAUGCAUAAGGAUUUCACGAAGGGACUGCAAAAGGCUGUCGAACGGGUACAAGAAGUGGAGGAAGGGUUAGGCAAGUUGGAACAUCGCGUCAUGGCCAUAGAGGAGAGAGUGGAAGAAGAGAUCCCCAAAAUCAAGCAGGAAGUGGCAAGCCCAAGCCCUUUGAAGAGCCGAAGCCGUCUUGCAGCCGUUUUUGACGCCCCAAAUGUGGCCUCAACCGCAACGAAAGGGCUCAAGAUUCCCCAUUACGACGGAACAACAUCCUGGAACGCGUUCAAGCUACAGUUUGAGACACUUAUGGAGGCUUAUGGUUGGACUCAGAAGGAAGCACAGUCAGCCCUCACCCUGGCCCUCCGUGAUCAAGCGCUCUCAGUGCUGGAAGCUAUCGGCGCAAGUGGGGAUCUCAGCUUUAGUGCCCUCCUCGACGCACUUGAGGCACGUUUUGGAGACAGCCACCUCAAACACUUGUACAGAGCGCAAUUAAAAGAGCGUACUCAGCGUGCUAAUGAGAGUCUACAGCAAUGGUCCGUGGAAAUCGAGAAACUUGUGCGUCGAGCUUUCCGGUCGACUCCGUCAAUGUUUGAAGGCACGCUUCUCCAAGCGUUCAUUGACGGUAUUCGGGACCCCGAAGUACGAGCUGCUGUUCAUCUGGGCCAUCACAAGAACAUGAAAGAAGCUCUGGCCCAUGCAUUGGAAGUGGAAGCCGUGCGUGGCAACUCCCGUACCUUACGUCUGCGGGAAAUGACGACAACGGAGCAGGUACCUCCACGCCGUCGGAACUUCAUGUGCUAUGGAUGUGGAGAGCGUGGGCACAUACGGAGCGACUGCCCGAAGAAGAUGAACCGCAAGGACGCGGCGGUCUCAACUUCUGACCAGCAGGGAAACUUAAAUCCAGCCAGGGCUGCGGGGUGGGCGCUGGCUGGUAGUGGAACAACCCCAACAAUCUACAUCAAGCAAACCAACGAUGGAAAUACUCUGGUGAUAGACGGUCAAAACCUGAACCGGGGGUAUAUAAGCGGAACUGCGGCUCACCGCUGGCAGUUGAGUUCUAAGUCUAAAGCGAUUCGGAAGAAAAGGAAGAAGUGGAAAAGAAGAAAAGUGAGUAAAAUAGUGAAGUGCAGUGAAAUAGUGAAGUGCAGUCAGUUAAAUUUUACUUGCUGCUUUGCUCCCAUUUUUGACAACCUACAUUUCCCCUACCUACACUAUCUUCACUACACUACCUAUCCUACACUACCUACUCUACCCUCCCUAAUCUCGGUGGCGGUGUCUACACUACCUGCUCUACCCUCCCUAAUCUCGCGCCUAGCCUUAGUCGAGGCCAUGGUGUGGAGGGAGAGGAACUGGGAAGCAGUCUCUUCUUUCUGCAAAGCAGUUUAUCGUUGUAAAGAAGAGGGCGGCGUAAGGAAAGAGCCCCACAGACGGGGUCCUUUAGAGCAAAUGUUCAGCCAGGGCUGCGGUGCAAGAGCAAUGAGUCUCGGCCUAAAACAGGAGAAGGAACGGGGGCGGGGAGUUUAG